CAAUUUGUGGAUUAAAGAAUUAAGUGAUCAACUUAAAAGCGAGGCUGCUGAAGCUAACCUCUUAGGUCAUGCCAGAUGACACACAUGAUGCCAAGGCGCUGAAAUUGGCCGCAGCCAGAAAGAAGCUGAAGGAGUACCAACAGCGCAACAACAACCAUGCCGGAGGAGAUGAGCAGGCGCAAACGGGCACCCACUCCUCCACCGUCAGCAUCGCCAGCAACUUGUCCGAGCGUUCCGACAGCGAGGUGAAUGUGAAUGAAAAUGGGGGAGGAGGUUCCAGCAGUCUGCAUGUCCGGCAGCAGUCGGAGGAGGCUGUUUCCCUGGCAGCCUUGCCCACCCCCACGGCAGCUGCGCUCUUUACGCAGCCAGAACCGGACUCGCCCAUAUUCGCCCCGAAUGGAGCCCCUAAUGAAUCCAAUCUCCAGGCCAUUCAGGUCAUCAUUGCGGAGAAGGCCCAAUUGAACGCCGAGCUGACCAGAGCACGUGUCGCCUGUCGGGAGCGCGAGCUGGAGCUGGAGGAGCUGCGCACCGAGCAGGGUCAGACCAGACUGCGCCUUGAGCAGCUACAGCAGCACUGUCAGGGGCAGCAGGCCGGUGUGGAACAGCAGCGCCACCACAAUGCCCAGCUCUUGCACAAGCUGACUGAAUCGCAAGCACAAAUCGUGGACCAGCAGUCGCACCUGCUCGAAAUGGAGGCACAGCUAAAACAGCUAAACCUCCGUCAGGAUGAGCUUCAGCGGCAGCUGGCCGAGAAAUCGAGCGAACUGGAGAUGGCUGAGCUGAAGCUGCGCCAGCUCUCCGACGAGUCUAACAUCAAUGCCGACAACCGCGUGGAGUCCCUCACCCAGACCCAAUACAUGUACGAGCAGCAGAUCAGGGACCUGCAGGCCAUGGUGGGCCAGUUGACGCAAGACAAGGAGCAGGCCUCUGGCCAGUACCAGAACUAUGUCCAGCACCAGAACAGCGAGAUAGCCAAGCUCAACGAGAAAAACUCUGAGCUCACGGAGGAGUUGCUCGAGCUGAGGGAACGCGAGCGGCAGCUGGUGGAGCACGUGAGUGGUCUGGAGCGCGACAUACAGAAGAAUCUGAGCCUACAAGCGCAGUUCAAGGAGGCCAGCCAACCCCAGACGCCUGCAGAGCCGCAAAUCGAUCAGACUACUUUGACAACAGAGCUUGCUGCUCUCAAAGAGCGCCUCAGUGACUUUGACUUUGAGCGACACGAGUUCCAGUUGAAGAUCAAGUCCCAAGAUGAUCAGCUGCAUGUAAAGGAAGCGGCACUCGCUGAGAUGGAGCAGCAGUUGGAUCGCCUGCAGGCCGAGCAGCCGGAUCAGUCCAAACUCCUGGCCACCAUGGAAUCGGACAAGGUGGCCGCCUCGCGGGCCCUCACCCAAAAUGUGGAGAUGAAACAACAGUUGGACGAACUGCAGCAAAAGUUCGUCCAGUUAACAAACGACAAGGCUGAGCUGGUCAUCCGACUGGAUGCUGAAGAGUUUGCCAAUCGGGAGAUACGACACAAUUACGACAGCAUGGAGCAGAAGCUGCUGGCCAGCGAGGAGCGUUUCAAGUUCAAGGAUGAAGAGAUGAUCCGGCUCUCGCACGAGAAUGUUGAGCUCCAGCGCCAGCAGCUGAUGUUGAAGCAGCAACUGGAUCGCCUGCAGCACUAUGAGGUCAAGGCUUACCAUAGCCAGGCAGGGAAGCAGCCUGAUGAAACUGGAGAACCAGAAGAGAGCGAAAUUAAGGAUCAUCACGAGCACCAUUCACAUGAUCAUUUGCACGACCACGAUCACGGGGAUCAUUCAGACGGCCAUUCACAUGAUCAUUCACACGACCAUGUCCACCAGGAGCAUCACCAAUUGUCACCCGGUUCUCUGCCCACCGCCGAGGCCGUGGAGAGGCUGCAGGCGCGUUUCACCACACUGAUUAGCCAAGUGGCCGAUCUGACCGAGGAGAAACACAGCCUAGAGCAUCUGGUGCUUCAACUCCAGGGCGAGACAGAGACGAUUGGCGAGUACAUAGCCCUGUACCAGACCCAGCGACGGAUGCUAAAGCAACGUGAGUACGAAAAGGCCACACAGAUGCGUCUGCUGCAGGCCGAGCGCGAGCAGCUGCGGGAGAAGAUCGAGGCGCUCAACAAGCUGGUGGCCAGCCUGGGCGUGGAGUUGCCCACCGACCAAGUCCAAGGGCAGCCGCAGACAGUAGCACUUCAGCACACUCCGAGCGAACAGGAGAGGCCUCUUACACAGACUCCCUCCAACGAAGACAGCAAUGGGGAAAACUCGCAGCAGAUUCUGAAUAAGAUUCAAAACAUUAUCAGCGAGAUCAAAGAGAACACCGAGCAGCCAACGACUGUCCUCUCCGGCCAUCCUGUGGAUCACCUUAACUGCUGUCUGGGCAAAUUCGAGGUGGUCUGAUGUGGAUGCUGCUCUCAAAGUGCAGUUAUUGUCGGCCUACGUAAACCAAUCUACAUACUAUAUAUAUAUAUACGAUUGUAUUUAAAUGUCCAUCCUAUCCCAAUCCGUUUUGUACAUGUUUCCGAAUAAAUACCAUUUUUAAUUCAAA